AUGUCCACCUCAGCACGAAAACCUGCGACUGGUCCCGGCCAGGCGCAAGCGGAGGUAGUUCUCCUACCACACCUCCGGAAUUGUUUGCUCAAUCUUCCUGCUGCUUUGGUAGCGGUGCUACUGAACAGUAAUACCAUUGCGCAGAAUGUGGUCGUGGAGCUUAGCUACAGAGUUUCUGGCUCAGCAGGGGCAGGAACGGAUCAGAAGCAGAAGCCGGCCGGCACCACGAAAUCACUCUUCCUAGGAUGGACGGGCAUGCAGAGUCAGAGUCGACUUGCGGCGCCGGGGUUAGGAAGAGACGGAGGUAGAGGGAGCAGUAAGGAGCAGACUACUGUCCCGGCUGUUGAGCUGGACGCUACAUUCGGACGCUUACUUGGCUUGAGUGAAGGGAUGAAGGUCGGCAUAACACUUCAUCUUGAACCCCCUCAAGCCCACACCGUCAACAUCGAGCCUCUCACAGCCACAGAUUGGGAAAUCAUAGAACUCCAUGCGCAUUUUCUGGAGAUGAACUUCCUCUCUCAAGUCAGAGCUCUACCUAGUCCUGCGGCUGGGCAACCGCACCCGUUGACGUUGCAUCUGACUCCGACAUCUACUGCUAAUAUCCUGGUCACUUCCCUCCUCCCUGCUCCGUCGCAGAACCAGGCGUUCGUGAAAAUCUCACCGGAUGCAGAGGUCAUCGUGGCGCCUAAGACGAGGCAGUCGGCUGCUGCUGCGAGAUCUUCGGCUGGUGGUGCGACGACGAGGGAUAGUCGGAGUGUGGCUAGCACCAGUCGACGGAGCGAGGGUGGGAGGAGUGCGAAGAGCACGACUGCGAGGCAUAGGAGUACGCACGAUGACGAAAAAGCGCGACCACCUCUUUACUUGCGGGCUGUCACAAGAUCGCUGCAGAAUGAGUGGUUCGAGGAUGGCGGUGAUGAGAUGAGAGACGAGGGCUUGAAGGUCUGGUUAGAUCGGGAGCAUUUGUAUUGCAAGACUUUGAGAGGUGUGACGUUUGUUACGGUUUCGAUCAUCAGGCCGGCGGGGUUGCAGGAACCGAUUGAUCCUCUGCAUCAACCGACGCCUGAAUCGCUACCAGCGCAAAAGGUCGUAGCGAAGCUGGCAGCAUGGGACGAUGCGCCGGACAGUCGACACGCCGCACUCUCCAGCUCGCUCUGUGCGGUACUAGACGCAGAUGGUGUCGUUGGAGGCAUCGUCCGCAUCGAUCCUGCGCCGUCCCCACUACCAAAGACAGCAUCGGCGCUGAAAGACCACUCGCAGCAAGCAGCAAAGGACGCUAUAGUCAAGAAACUGCGCAUCACACCAUUCGUCCCCACUCAAACGGCCAAGAAAAAGCAAGCCAAAGGUUUCAGCUUCGGUGGUGAGUCGAAAGCGGAGCGCGAGGAAGCUGUGCAGCGGAUCCGAGCUGUCUUUGGUAAGACCCUACUUGAGGGACCACUGACGGAGGGCAUGCUAUUACCUGCUCAAGAUACAUGGCCGGGCGGCAUCCUAGAUUUCGAGCCAACGCCAUCAGGUGAUCCGCACCGAGGUCGGGCGAACUGGCUUAUCGGCGGGGACAGGAAACUCGAGAUCGUGGUUCAAGCGGAAACGGCACCGUCGAAGCUAUCGCCGCUGCUUCCGGGCGAGAAUCUGGCAGCGGAGUGUCCGACUAUGGUUGGGAUCGAUGAGGUGAUAGCGCAGACGAAGACGAGUCUUCUGCAUUCUUCCUCGGUACUGGUGACUGGUACUUUGGGUGCGGGCAAAUCGUCCUUGGCUCAACUCGUGGCGCAUCAGCUCCGGAACGAGUACCUGUUCACUCCGCUCUACGUCUCCUGCCGGAACCUCGUGAGUGAAGAGACGAGGGCCAAGACUAUCAAGGAGCAUCUGCACCGGCUCUUCGCUUCUGCACAAUGGGCUGCUCGGCUUGGUGGUCGUGCUUUAGUCGUUCUAGAUGACCUGGAUAGGUUAUGUCCGGUUGAGACGGAACUACAGGUCGAUGCGAAUGGACGAAGUCGACAAAUCAGUGAAUUGCUUUGUAGUAUCGCGAAGCAGUUUUGUGGAAGGGAUAAAGGUGUUGUGCUGUUGGCUACUGCUCAGGGUAAGGAAGCGUUGAAUACUGUGUUCGUGGGUGGGCAUGUCGUGCGAGAUUUCUGGGAAUUGAAGGCACCGGGUAAGGAGGGGAGGAGGAAGGUGCUUGAGCUGCUUGUGGGUAAUAGUGCUGCUGGUGCUCAGAAGAUGGCCGAGGGGAGGGCAAGCAAUGGCGGCAUGGGCAAUGCAUGGAUGGAGGGCGAUGAAGGCAGCAGACCGACUUCUGCUGAUGGCCCUCCUCGUACCGACACCAUCAAGAUCGACCCCGAACUCGACCUCCUCGACAUCGCUGGCCAGACUGAUGGCUACAUGCCAGGCGACAUGCACCUCCUCGUCUCACGCGCCCGAAGCGAAGCCCUCAUCCGCUCCCUCUCCUUCACACCAACCACUGACAGCGACGACGCUGUAAUCCUCAAUGCCUCCGACUUCGCCUCAGCACUAAAGGGCUUCACCCCCGCCUCCCUCCGCGGCGUAACCCUCCACGCCUCCACUACAACCUUCGCCUCCAUCGGCGGCCUGACCCAAACCCGCGCCACUCUGCUGGAAACACUCCAGUACCCAACAACCUACGCCCCUCUCUUCGCCAAGUGCCCUCUCCGCCUCCGAUCCGGAUUGUUACUCUAUGGUUACCCCGGCUGCGGCAAAACGCUGCUCGCCAGCGCCGUGGCGGGCGAAUGCGGAUUGAAUUUCAUCAGCGUCAAGGGCCCGGAGAUUUUGAAUAAAUACAUCGGGGCCUCGGAGAAGAGCGUCAGGGAUUUAUUCGCGAGGGCGCAGGCGGCGAGACCUGCUGUCUUGUUCUUUGAUGAGUUCGACAGUAUUGCUCCGAGGAGGGGGCAUGAUAGUACGGGUGUGACGGAUCGGGUGGUGAAUAUGCUGUUGACUAUGAUGGAUGGGGCGGAGGGUUUGCAGGGGGUUUAUGUCCUUGCGGCUACCUCCAGACCGGAUUUGAUCGAUCCUGCUUUGUUGAGGCCAGGGCGGUUGGAUAGGAGUCUGAUUUGUGAUAUGCCUGAUCUUGACGAGCGGCUGGAUAUCCUGCGGGCGGUGGGGAAGAAGUUGAAGGUUGAGGAGACGGUAUUUGAGGGUGUGGGGAGGCAGACGUUGGGGGAAGUGGCGGAGAGGACGGAGGGGUAUAGCGGGGCGGAUUUGCAGGCGGUGUUGUAUAAUGCUCAUCUGGAAGCUAUCCAUGACGUUCUGGGCGCUGAUGCGGGAGCACAGCAAGAUUUUGGCGGGAAGAAGAAGAAUGGUACGGAGCAUGGUCGGAGAGGCAGGGCGCAGGAUUUCACGUACUUCCGCCUCCGAGACGACGACGACGACGAUAAUGCCGGCUCGACUCCUUCUCCCGCCGCAGUAGCAGCCGAGCGCGCCCAGAUCGCCGCCCAGCUCUCCGCUCUGCACCUAGCGCGCCGCAAAGCGAAAGCCGAACGGCAUGCUUCCCAGACACGGCAGAACCAACGACCUGGAUCUUCCGCUGGUGCCCCCAUCCCCAACGGCUUCCAAGCGAUGCAGAAAGAAGAGGACAAACACCCGCGGACCGCCGAGCCGAUAAUCAUAUGGCGGCAUUUGGAGAAAUCCCUCCAGACUUCCCGCCCUUCGAUUAGUGGGCAGGAGAGGGAGAGGUUGGGGAGGGUGUAUAGGGAGUUUAUAUCUGGUCGGAGUGGGGAGAUGGCUGAUGGGCAGGGACCGACCGAGGUUGGGGGGAGGACGAGUUUGAUGUAG